CAUCAUCUGGCUCGCCAUCCUCGGACUGCCGCGGUGCUGGCCGCGAUGACCAACGACGACGUGCGCAUGGAGCACAUCCAGGAGUGGAUCGAGGCGACGGUCGACGUGCGCUUCGAUGGCAACAUGUGGGCGCUCCUUAAAGACGGCCAAGUGCUCUGCAAGCUGGCCAACUCGCUCAACGCGGCCAUCCGCGUCAACAAGCUCAAGACCGCCUUCCACUGCAAGGAGAACAUCCAGGCCUUCAUUACAUGGGCGAAAAGCGUCGGCGUGCCCGACGGCGACCUCUUCCACGUGCACGACUUGCAGUUUGAAGAAAACAUUGGCGCGGUCCUGCGCACGCUCGCGGCCUUGUACACGAUGUUUGCCGAGGAGAUCCGCGCGUCCGUGCGCGUCUCGACAAACCACGGACCGGCGCUCGCGAGCUCGUACGACAGCGACGACGACUCGGGCUUUGGCGACCUCCACGACUCGGAACCCGACGACGAGCCCGACUUGUACGACCUCUCGAUCGUGCGCGAGAACCGGUCGUCGUCCAAGCUCGCGGCCUUUCUCAAGUUUGUUCCAAUCCAGUCGACGACGAGCAAGCACAAGGCGCCGCCCGUGCCCGAGCACGUCGAGCCGCCGCCGCUGGAGAUUCCGAUUACGGUCAAAGCGUCGCCCGCGCCCACGACGCCGUCGCCACGAAAGAUGCCCACGACGCCGCCGCCAAAGGUGGCGCCGCCACCCGAGCCGGUCGCACCGAAAGGCAACAAGUUCAAGCUGAGCAACUUUCUCAACAAGGCCAAGUCGACCAUGAAGCACAAGGAGUCGCCCAAAAAGUCGCCGAAAGAGUCGCCCAAAACGUCCGUGUCGCCGAUCGUGACCAAGCCGUCGCCCAAGCUGCAGACGCCAAAGGUGCAGACGCCUCAGACGCCCAAGGUCGCGACGCCCAAGGCACCGACGGUAGUCGUGGCGCGGGCACCACCGCCGGCGACGGUCGAGCCACCAAAGCCUGCGACCAAGGCGGUGACGCCCAUCAAGAGUAAGACGGCGCCGCCGCCGAUUCAGACAACGGCCGACGAUGACAGCGAUGAUCCGAUGACGCCACCGUCGUCACCCAAGCCCGUCGUGGCGAGCUCGACCGUGCCGCCGGUCGGCAACACCAAGCAAAAGCUCAGCGCGUUCCUGGCGCAGACGCCCGUGGGGAAGCCGAUGGUCAUGUCGGCGCCGUCGUCGCGGAACGAACCGGGCAAGACGUCGCCUGGUGUCGCGGCCAAGAUGGCCAUGCUCCGGAACAACGGCGUCGCGCCGCCAUCCACGACGACCGCACAACAAUCCACCGAGGAACCUUUGCCUCUUCAACUGAGCAAGCCGCGCGGUCCGGUCAAGACACAGCGCCGGUCGUCGACGAGCCCCAAGGCCGUGGUGUCGUCGCCGGCCGUGGUAUCAUCGCCGGCGAUCGUGCCACCCGUCGCCGCCGCCGCACCGACGAGCAAGCUCGGCAGCUUUCUCCAAAAGGCGCCGGCGUCCGACCCGCAGCGGAUGCUGGCCAACAUUAUGAUGAACCGCGUGCCACAGACAAAGGCGCACGUCGCGGACGACGACGACAACGACAGUGGGGACGAGGCGCUGCUGACGCCACCGGCUUCGCCAACGCCUGCUCCGGUCGUCGCCAAGCCCGCUCCCGUCGUCGCCAAGCCUGCUCCCGUCGUCGCCAAGUCGGUGCCACAGCCGUCGCCCGUGUCAGCGACACCGUUGCAGAACAAGUUGGCGAGCUUCAUGGCCGCCGUGCCGCCCACUGCUGCGGCCGCCGCCCCCAAGUCGAAUGGCGGGUCCAAGCUCGCCGCCUUCUUGUCGUCGACCGGCGUCCCGCGCAAGCCGUCGGUGGUUGCUGCGCCGUCGUCGUCGUCGUCGUUUGUGGCGCCGGUGCUCGUCAAACCGUCGCCGCCGCCGACAAAGCGCGUCCGUCGCGCCCCUCGGUCGACGCUGAGCAACAACUGGGUCCUGUCCGACCAGCGCUUCUCGUACGCUACGCGCCAAGCCUCGUCGAAGCCCUUUGACAAGGAAGGCGCGCGCCGGCGGUUCCUCCAGAACCAGCUGCGGCUUAAAGCCGAGGCCAAGCACAGUGUCGGCAAACACCAAAAGACGGCCAACGUCUGCGCACCCGGCAUGCUCUGCUACGUGCCCGACGAGACGGACACGUGGCUGCUCGCCGAGGUCGAGUCGGUCGACACGCGUCGGAAGCACGUCAAGGUCAAGCUCAUCGAGGGCGCCGCCGAAGCGCGCGUCGUCGACCUCACCAACAUGGACGUUGUCCGGGCGAUCGGCGGGCCGCAAGCGACCGAGAUCGACUCGCUGCCGUUGGCGAUCACACACAGCAACAGCGACGGCGUCGAGGACAUGCGCAACCUCCGUUUUCUCAACGAGCCGUCCAUCAUGUACAACCUCAAGCGCCGCUUCGAGGCCGCCCAGCCCUAUACGUACAGCAAUGACAUUGUGAUUGCCGUCAAUCCGUACCAAUGGCUCGGACACCUCUACGGCGAGGGCCUCCACGCACAGUACCUCCAGCAGCCGCGGCACAACCUGCCGCCCCACGUGUACGCGACGUCGACGGCCGCGUACAAGAGCAUGACGGCGACGCGUCGCAACCAGAGCAUCCUCGUGAGUGGCGAGUCGGGGGCCGGCAAGACCGAGACGACCAAGAUCCUCAUGAACCACCUCGCGACGGUCGCCGGCGGCCGCGACGACUCGACGAUCGCGCGCGUCAUCAACGUCAACCCGCUCUUGGAGUCGUUUGGCAACGCCAAGACGCUCCGGAACGACAACUCGAGUCGCUUUGGCAAGUUUACGCAGCUCCAGUUUCGCGACGGCAAGCUCCGUGGCGCGUGCUGCGAGACGUAUUUGCUGGAAAAGUCGCGGGUCGUGUCGUUUGCGCCGGGCGAGCGCAACUACCACAUCUUUUACCAGCUCCUCUCGGGUCUCCCGGCGACAACGACCGCGUCGCUGCAGCUCCAUGCAACCGCGAGCUUCCGGUACACGGGCGAUGUGGCCGCCAUGACGAUUGACGGCAUUGACGACGCCAAGUGGAUGGCGCAGACGCAGCUGUCGCUUGGUCUCAUCGACCUCGAUGCGCGCUUCCAGCAGACGCUCUUUGAGGUGCUCGCCGGGAUCCUGCACCUCGGCAACCUCGAUUUCGCGCCAACGGGCGAGAACGCGUCGCGCGUCGCCAACCCCGAGUCGCUCUCGGCCGUCGCGUCGCUCUUGGGCCUCGCGCAAGACACGAUCGCGACCGCGUGCUGCAACCGCACGGUCGUUGCGCACCGGGACGCCGUCGUUGUCCCUUUAAACGUCGUCGAGGCGGCCGAGAACCGCGACGCGCUCGCGAAAGCCAUUUACGCGAGCCUCUUCGAUUGGCUCGUAUCGCGGAUCAACGGCGCCAUGUCGAUCGACGACGCGUCGACGCAGAUCGGCGUCCUCGACAUUUUCGGGUUCGAAGACUUUGCGCACAACGGGUUUGAGCAGUUUUGCAUCAACUACGCCAACGAGAAGCUGCAGCAAAAGUUUGUGCAAGACGUCUUCUCGACGGUCCAGGACGAGUACACGCGCGAGGGGCUCGUGUGGGACCACAUCUCGUAUGCGGACAACCAAGGCAUUCUGGACCUCAUCGAAGGCAAGCUCGGCAUCAUCAACCUCAUGAACGACCAUUUGCGCCAACCCCGGGGCACGGAAGAGGCGCUCGUCAACAAGUUUCGCACGAAAGACAACACGAUCAUCUCGUUUGCCAAGGUCAAGCGCACGCAGUUUACGAUCCGCCACUACGCCGGCGCGGUCACGUACGAGACGGUCGGCUUUAUGGAGAAGCACCGCGACGCGCUCCUGCAAGAUUUGCUCGACCUCGUCCGGUCGAGUACAAAAGCCUUUGUCGUGUCGCUCUUCCCGCUCGAGGUGGCGCCGCCGCCGACCAGCGACGAGCCGGACGCGCUCGCGUCGACGCCGUCGCCCAAGUCGAAGCUCGAGGCGUGGGUCAAGAAGCCCGAGCCAAAGCCUCUGUUGGAAGGGCGCAAGAAGGCGCUGCCACCCAAGACGCUCGGGUCGCAGUUCAAAGCGUCCCUGAGCUCGCUCAUGGACACGAUCGGCUGUACGCAGGUCCACUACGUGCGCUGCAUCAAGCCCAACGCGGUCAAGAGCCCGAGUGUGUUUGACAAGCCGAUGGUCGUCGCGCAGCUCCGGUCGGCCGGCGUCAUUGACGCGAUCCGCAUCUCGCGCGCCGGGUAUCCAUCGCGGCUCACGGCGCACGAGCUCGCGACGCGGUACGCGACCAUGCUGCCGCCGUCGAUGCUCACGGGGCAGGACGACGCGUGCGACGCGUUCAUGCGGGCGACGGGCCACUCGUCGCCCGUCGAGUUUCAAAUGGGCAAGAACCUCGUCUACUUCAAGGCGGGCGUCCUCGAAGAGCUCGAGCUCAUGAAGUCGGACUUUUACUACGAGCAAGCGACGCUUGCGCAAAAGGUCGUGCUCGGCUUCCUCGACCGCAUGCGGUUCCGCAAGACGAUGGCCGCCGUGCUCUCGCUCCAAGCCUUUGGCCGCAUGCUGCUCGAGCGCUGCGUGUUUACAAAGCUCAGGGCCGCCGCCGUUAAGAUGCAGCGUGUUCGCCGCUACUACAAGGACCGCGACGCGGUACUAGCGGCGAUGCGCGCGCGCCUCGCGGCCCGGGAGGCGCAGCGGGCGGCCGACGAGGCCAAGCGUAUCGCGGUCGAAGAGCGGCGCAUGCCGGCGUGGGACUCGAACUCGGCGCUCUCGUCGCCGCGGUCGCUGCCGUCGCCCAUGACAUCGCCCGAGGCCAGCGAGACCAAGGGCAGCUUCCGAUCGGCGGCGUACAGUCGCGCCAGCGACGCGGCGGCGACCGCCAAGGCGCUCUUGGCGCACGGCGACGCCGUGUGUGCGAGCUGCAAAGCGCUCGGGAAGAGCCACGCGUCGCUCGAGGACCAGAUGGCCAAGCUCCAGGCCGAGAACGCGCGCCUGCGACGCUUGCUGGUCGACCACAGCAUCAACCCGGACGACGACGACGGCGUGUAUGUGUAGUAGCCGCACAGUCUUAUAAUUUACACGACUAUACGUCACAGA